AUGUCCAAUCUCAGCAAAGGCGGCACCAAGAAGGACACCAAAAUGAGGAUACGGGCCUUUCCUAUGACAAUGGAUGAAAAGUAUGUGAACAAUAUAUGGGACCUUCUGAAGAACGCCAUACAGGAGAUACAGAGGAAGAACAAUAGCGGCCUGAGCUUUGAGGAACUUUACAGGAAUGCCUACACCAUGGUGCUCCACAAACAUGGAGAGAAGCUGUACACGGGUCUGCGGGAGGUGGUCACUGAACAUCUGAUUAAUAAAGUACGAGAAGAUGUGCUCAACUCCCUGAACAAUAACUUCCUCCAAACAUUAAACCAAGCUUGGAAUGACCAUCAGACUGCAAUGGUGAUGAUCAGGGACAUCCUGAUGUACAUGGACCGAGUGUAUGUGCAACAGAAUAAUGUGGAGAAUGUGUACAACUUGGGUCUCAUCAUAUUCAGAGAUCAGGUUGUCCGUUAUGGCUGUAUCAGAGACCACCUUCGACAAACACUGUUGGACAUGAUCGCACGUGAAAGAAAAGGAGAGGUGGUGGACAGGGGCGCCAUCAGAAAUGCCUGCCAAAUGUUGAUGAUCCUCGGUCUUGAAGGCAGAUCAGUUUAUGAGGAGGACUUUGAAGCACCUUUCUUGGAAAUGUCAGCAGAGUUUUUCCAGAUGGAAAGCCAGAAGUUCCUAGCAGAAAAUAGUGCGAGUGUGUACAUAAAGAAGGUGGAAGCCCGAAUUAAUGAGGAGAUUGAGCGGGUGAUGCACUGCCUGGAUAAAUCCACAGAGGAGCCCAUUGUCAAGGUAGUGGAGCGAGAGCUCAUAUCCAAGCACAUGAAGACCAUUGUGGAGAUGGAGAACUCUGGUCUGGUUCACAUGUUAAAGAAUGGCAAGACAGAUGAUCUGGCAUGUAUGUACAAGCUGUUCAGUCGGGUUCCCAACGGACUGAAGACCAUGUGCGAGUGUAUGAGCUCAUACCUUCGGGAGCAAGGCAAGGCUCUCGUGUCAGAGGAGGGAGAAGGGAAGAACCCUGUGGACUACAUUCAGGGCCUGCUGGACCUGAAGUUGCGUUUUGACCGUUUCCUUCAGGAAUCUUUCAAUAACGACCGCCUCUUCAAACAAACUAUCGCUGGCGACUUUGAGUACUUUCUCAACCUCAACUCGCGCUCGCCCGAGUAUCUCUCGCUGUUCAUUGAUGACAAGCUCAAGAAAGGUGUCAAAGGGCUGACAGAACAAGAAGUGGAGUCCAUCCUGGACAAAGCCAUGGUGCUGUUCCGCUUCAUGCAAGAGAAGGAUGUGUUCGAGAGGUAUUACAAGCAACAUCUGGCCCGCAGGCUGCUCACCAACAAGAGUGUCUCAGAUGACUCGGAGAAGAACAUGAUUUCCAAACUUAAGACUGAGUGCGGCUGUCAGUUCACGUCGAAACUGGAAGGCAUGUUCCGAGAUAUGAGCAUCUCCAACACCACAAUGGAUGAGUUUCGACAACAUCUGCAGACCACUGGAGUGUCUCUCGGCGGUGUCGAUCUGACUGUGAGAGUAUUGACGACCGGUUAUUGGCCGACACAGUCGGCAACCCCCAAAUGCAACAUCCCACCUUCGCCGCGACAUGCGUUCGAAGUCUUUAGAAGGUUUUAUCUUGGGAAGCACAGCGGUAGACAACUAACAUUGCAGCACCACAUGGGCUCCGCAGAUUUGAACGCCACCUUCUACGGGCCCAUUAAAAAGGAGGAUGGGUCAGAGGUUGGAGUUGGAGGAGCCCAAGUAACUGGUUCCAACACCAGGAAGCACAUUUUACAGGUUUCGACCUUCCAGAUGACUAUCCUCAUGCUCUUCAACAACAGGGAGAAGUCCACAUUUGAGGAGAUCCAGCAGGAGACUGAUAUUCCAGAGCGGGAGCUAGUGCGGGCGCUACAGUCACUGGCCUGCGGGAAGCCCACUCAAAGAGUCCUUACCAAGGAGCCCAAGUCCAAGGAGAUCGAGAACGGUCACGUGUUUACAGUCAAUGACCAGUUUACCUCCAAACUGCACCGCGUCAAAAUCCAGACAGUGGCUGCUAAACAAGGGGAGUCUGACCCAGAGAGGAAAGAGACCCGACAGAAGGUGGACGACGACAGGAAGCACGAAAUCGAAGCUGCUAUUGUUCGCAUCAUGAAGUCUAGGAAGAAAAUGCAGCACAAUGUCCUAGUAGCAGAGGUCACACAGCAGUUGCGAGCACGAUUCCUCCCCAGUCCUGUAGUCAUUAAGAAGCGAAUUGAAGGACUCAUUGAGAGGGAAUAUUUGGCACGAACGCCAGAGGACCGCAAAGUAUACACCUACGUAGCGUAA